AUGGACGGACGUGUAUUCUGGAAUCGGACCUCUCAAAUUCUUCUCAAUGAAUCUUGGGACAAUGAGUGCAAUGACCAUGAUCUUUUUUAUUAUAAUUUUGUCCGUCUAACAGAGACCACUAUUUUGCCUUCUCUCAUUGGAAUCCUCUGUUCAACGGGGCUUGUAGGAAACAUUCUGGUCUUGGUGACUAUCCUAAGGACCACAAAGAAGACCGUUCCAGACGUAUACAUCUGUAACCUGGCCGUGGCUGAUGUGGUCCACGUGACGGUCAUGCCCUUCCUGAUCCACCAGUGGGCCCGGGGGGGGCACUGGGUGUUUGGCAGCACCCUCUGCACCAUCAUCACCUCCCUGGACAACUGCAAUCAGGUGGCCUGUGCAGCCGUCAUGACCGCUGUCAGCCUGGACAGGUACCUGGCGGUGGUGCACCCGUUCCGUCUGAUGACCCUCCGAACCCGCUCUAAGACAAUCUGGAUCAACCUGUUUGUGUGGGUGGUGUCAUUUGUCAUGGUCCUUCCCGCCUGGGUCCACUCCAAGGUGAUUCGCUUCCCUGACGGACUGGAGAGCUGCUCCAUGAACCUGGUCACUCCCAAAGAGGUGCUCUGGUACACCCUAUAUCAGACCAUCACGUCUUUCUUUCUGCCCCUGCCCCUUAUCAUCACCUGUUACAUGCUGAUCCUGUGCUAUACCUGGAGGAUGUACCUGAAGAACAAAAGGGAACGGCGUGCUAACAACCAGUCCCGGGAGCGAGCCAUCCGCCUCACCAAGAUGGUUCUGGUCCUUGUGGCGGUUUUCCUGGUGAGCGUAGGGCCCUACCACAUGCUCCAGCUGGUCAACUUAACGCUGCGGAGGCCCACGCUGGCCUACUACACCUGCUACUACCUGUCAGUGUGCCUCAGUUACGCCGCCAGCAGCAUUAACCCUUUCAUCUACAUCCUGCUUAGCGGACACUUCCGUCGCCGGCUCACUUACCGCAAGCCGCCCAGCAGGCCUGUUGUUGAGAGGGAGCCUAACGGGCCCCAGGUCCGUACACCACACUCCAGCUUCUGACAGUCUUGUCCUCAAAGCAGGCACAAACACACACACACACACCACCACCACUACAGCCUGUCCCCAACACACUGCGUGGGGCAUUACCUAUGGCAGGAGCAUUACCUUUUGAUCAAGGAUUGCUUUAUUUGACAUUGUGGAUUGACUUACACCUCAACAGGAUCAGAGUGUUGUUAUUUAUUUUCUAUUAUGGUUUUCAAACGGACUGUACGAUAGCAUUGGGAUAUUGCAAGGAUUGAUCCACUAUCAUUUUGGAUUUCCCUGAAUUCGGCUGACAUUACUUUCACUGUGUAUUUUAUUGUAUAGCUAAAACACAAAUUACACAUACUAAGUGUUUGCCAUUAACACAUAGUUUGGCAUUUGUUUUCAACCUAUAGUUAGUGUUGCUAUAUCAUCAAUUGGUGCAUUGAUUGGAUUGUGUGGGACUUUGAACUCACAGAAACAUCUGUCCUACUGUAUGUACGGCUAACAGUGCUGAGACUGCUGAGUGAAUACUUUUUUUUUUUACCGUUAGUCUGAAUGCUAAGCAUUAGACUGGAAUCACUGGGAUCGGUCCAGGGUGAUUUGGUACUGUCUGGUGUUAACUGGGCUGGACUGGGAACUGGCCCCAGGAUGUAACGGUAUUACUAGUCAACAGACUGACUGAACACGGGCCACAGACACACAGAUAGACCGCACCACCAGGGGCAUCUAAUCAAACAACUCCUCCUUACCCUCACCCAGCUUGUGAUCAAUAAAAAGCCUAUAGCAAACCAGAUCAGACAGUUAGGAGCAGCGUCACACCCCCGGCAAGGCUAAGGGGAGAAUACAGUGCAACCCCUCCCCACUCUCGCUUUCUCUAUUGUUCUCUCUCUAUGGUAAUCCCACUCUGUUUUUACUCUAAAAUUGCCUCAGGCAUAGAGUAAUUUGACAUAUUGAUCAAUAUGUCUCAAUGUCAACACACUCCUGCUGUCUCCAGGAUUUCCAAUUAGUCUCUUAUUGGAUUGGUUGUGCUCAACAUACUAAAUUCCAUUGUGUUAUUGGUCGACGAUGGAUUUAUUUGUAUGUUAUCAGUACCAGUGUACCUAAUUUAUUAACGUUAACUCUCUGCUCACACCUCCUCCAAUAACAUCAGAUUAUUAAAUCGACUAAUAUACCAAUGUAAUAUAAUUAGAUUUGCUUCCUACUCGCUCUCUAUACUCUCUUCAACUGUUACUUCAAAAUAUUCCCUUCCCAUACUACU